UUGUUGGUCCUAAUGUAACACCCUUAACAAAUGGAGCCUCAGAGCCGCCUGUGACAAAUGGAAAUGGAGCAUUAAAUGCCGUCAGUACCAGCACUGCUGCAGGAACCGCCAAUGGAACCCCAGGUGUGAAUCCUACUUCAGCUAGCAAUGGUGUUGAAGAAACAAUGCCUUCAGGAUGGGAAAUGAGAUAUGAUGUUUAUGGAAGAAGAUAUUAUGUUGAUCACAACACUCGUUCAACGAGUUGGGAGCGCCCUCAGCCUCUUCCUGCUGGAUGGGAGAUCCGCCGAGACCCCCGAGGGAGAGUAUACUAUGUUGAUCACAAUACACGAUCCACCACAUGGCAAAGGCCUAGUCCGGAACGAUUACAACAUUAUCAACAAUGGCAAGGAGAACGCGCACAUGUGGCACAACAGGCGAAUCAAAGGUUUCUCUAUCCUGCACAAGCGCAGGCAUCCGGCGCUCCCGGUGUAUCUGGUGCUGCUGCUGGAUCAUCUGGCUCACCUCCCUUAAUAACCGCGCCUUCUGUUUCAAUGCCUACCACAGCAGCAAUGGCAAUGGCUGGAACUGUGCCAGACGAUUCUGAUACUCUAGGGCCUCUGCCUGCAGGAUGGGAGAAACGUGUCCAGCCAGAAGGACGUGUAUAUUUUGUUAAUCAUAAAAACAGAACUACGCAAUGGGAAGAUCCUAGAACACAAGGUCAAGAAUCGAGUGCUCCAGAUGACCCUCCAUUGCCUCCUGGAUGGGAGAUUAGACAUACAGAAGAUGGCGUUCAAUACUUUGUUGAUCACAACACUAGGACUACUACAUUCCAGGAUCCAAGGCCAGGUGCUCCAAAAGGACCGAAAGGUGUUUACGGUGUUCCACGGGCGUAUGAGCGUUCAUUCCGCUGGAAAUUAUCCCAGUUUCGCUUUUUAUGUCAAAGUAAUGCUUUGCCAUCUCAUAUAAAAAUAACUUUAACUCGACAAACUCUUUUCGAAGAUUCUUAUCACCAAAUAAUGCGGCUGCCUGCGUAUGAACUUCGUCGGCGAUUGUAUAUAAUAUUCCGCGGUGAAGAAGGUUUAGACUAUGGUGGCGUAUCUAGAGAAUGGUUUUUCUUACUUUCCCAUGAAGUACUGAAUCCUAUGUACUGUUUGUUCGAAUAUGCGAAUAAAAAUAAUUAUAGUUUACAAAUCAACCCGGCAAGUUACGUAAACCCGGACCAUUUAUUAUAUUUCAAAUUUAUCGGUCGAUUUAUCGCGAUGGCCCUAUAUCAUGGAAGAUUUAUCUAUUCGGGAUUCACAAUGCCUUUUUAUAAACGAAUGCUUAAUAAAAAAUUGACCAUGAAAGAUAUAGAAUCUAUUGAUCCAGAGUUUUACAAUUCUCUCAUCUGGAUAAAAGAUAAUAAUAUUGACGAAUGCGCAUUAGAGUUAUUCUUCGGGGUAGAUUUUGAAGUCUUGGGACAAGUUAUACAUCAUGAACUAAAAGAUAGUGGUGAUAAAAUUAGAGUUACUGAAGAAAAUAAAGAAGAAUAUAUAAGGCUUAUGACUGAAUGGAGAAUGACCAGAGGUAUAGAAGAUCAAACCAAGGCUUUCCUGGAUGGAUUUAGUGAAGUGGUACCAUUAGAAUGGCUCAAAUACUUUGAUGAGCGUGAACUUGAACUGAUGCUCUGUGGAAUGCAGGAAAUAGAUGUUGACGAUUGGCAAAGAAAUACUAUUUACCGUCAUUAUACAAGAAACAGUAAACAAAUUGUAUGGUUUUGGCAGUUCGUACGUCAAACAGAUAACGAAAAACGGGCACGUUUGCUCCAAUUUGUUACUGGAACCUGUCGGGUUCCAGUAGGAGGUUUCGCCGAAUUAAUGGGUUCCAACGGACCGCAACGAUUUUGUAUAGAAAAAGUGGGCAAAGACACCUGGUUACCGAGGUCUCACACCUGUUUCAAUAGAUUAGAUCUACCCCCCUACAAAAGUUAUGACCAGAUGGUCGAAAAACUAAAUUAUGCUAUUGAAGAAACAGAAGGCUUUGGUCAAGAAUAAAUACGAGAGAGGUUAGAGCUUAGUUUUUAAAUAAUAGCUAUGUUUUAGUAUUUAACUAUGCUAUGAGCAGGGUCAAUCAAAUACAAAUAGAUUGUUUUUGUAAAUCGUUGCAUGAAAUUCUCAAGGAAAAAUACUUCAGAUUUAUUCAAGCAUAUUGAAUCUUUAAAAGUUUGAUCUUUAACAAAUUUUAUCACCGUUUUUUUGAUAU